UGACAACAACAAACAUGUCGGAUGAGAAAGAGGCUGCAGAAGCGAUUGUUUCAAACCUACAGAAAAAAAUCACUGAAGCUUUUGAAGUUUUCGACCAUGAAAGUAAUAAAACGGUAGAUGUUAGAGAGAUUGGAACAAUCAUAAGAUCAUUGGGGUGUUGCCCAACUGAAGGUGAACUUCAUGAUAUGCUUGCUGAGGUAGAGGAAGAGGAACCAACUGGAUAUAUCCGAUUUGAAAAAUUCCUCCCAAUGAUGACUAAAGUCUUAAUGGAGAGAAGAUACCGGCCAGUUCCUGAAGAUGUUCUUCUCAGAGCAUUUGAGGUAUUAGAUGAAAAGAGAAAGGGAUAUCUAACUAAAGAUGAACUUGUCAAGUAUAUGGCUGAAGAAGGGGAACCUUUUACUCAAGAAGAAAUUGAGGAAAUGAUAUCUGCUGCUGUGGACCCUGAUAAGAAUAUUGUCCCAUAUACAGAAUAUGCUUCAAUGAUGACAAUAGAAGACUACUGAAGAUGACUUCCCUUUGGCUCUGUUAAAAGCAACCAGUGACGAACGCAUCACAACGUGGAUGGAUCCCUUACUUUUUACCCUGUUUGACUUAUAUAUUGGUUAUCCUGUAUCAGUAUUACAUUAUGAGGUUUAAAAACACAAACUCAGUAUUAAAGAGAUAACUGCAAUGUAAA